AUGACUCUCAAGCUUUCAUAUCCUGCUCAUCUUGUGGGGAUACUGUUUGGUGCUUGGCUGAUCUUCCUGCUGUCUCUACUGACGCCGGCUUUACAGCGAGAACUAAUCUUCCUCAAUCGCAUCCAUUGGCCUCCCAAUGCUCAGUUUGACGCUCCAGAAAGGUAUGGCUUGGCACCCUUCAAAACUCGUAAUUUGUACCUCAACGCUUCCGAUGGGGAACGUAUAGGAGCCUGGCAUAUCCUUCCUAGGAAACACUAUCUCUCCGUUGAAAAGGGCAUUCCGAAACGCAAAUUAAACGAUGAGAUAUUCGACAAAGCUUUCGGGGAGAGACCUACAGUCUUAUAUAUGCAUGGCAAUGCAGGGACACGAGCUGUCAAGCAUCGGGUGAGAAACUAUAUGGUCUAUUCGGACAUCUUUGAUUGUAACGUCUUAGCAAUAGACUACAGAGGAUUCGGGGAUUCUUCUGGAAUGCCAUCGGAGUUCGGACUGAUUACCGACGCUCGAGCAGCUUGGAAUUUCGUUUCUAGUAAAAUUGGAGCUCAUCGUCAACACGGAUGGUCGUUCAGCGAAAAAGUCAGAGCGGAGAAAGAGAUCAUUUUGAUCGGCCAAAGUCUCGGUACAGGCGUAGUAGCUGGUCUAUCUAGACAGUUGGCUGAGGAAGGUGAGUCUUUCUCUUUUUGA